AGACCUAGCAAGAAAGAAACAAAAAUUAUUUUCCCCAAAAAAUGGGGCUAAGUUCCUACAUAUGGAGUUCAGUUCCUUUUGUGGCAAUGAUAACAGUGGAGUGUACAGAUGUGGGUAUAUCAGUGAUAAGUAAAGCAGCUUUGAGCAAGGGAAUGAGCAAUAUUGUUUCUGUUGUUUAUUACAACGCUUUGGGUACUUUGAUCCUUCUUCCUUACUUCAUCUUUUGCAGAAAUAAGCAAGCCUCUUUGACUUUGUCACUGCUUUGGAGAUUCUUCCUCUUAGGCUUGAUAGGAAGCUCAGGGCAGAUGGUGUAUCUUACUGGAGUCAAAUUCAGCUCACCUACUCUCUCUUCAGCUUUAGCAAAUCUUAUCCCUAUUUUCACUUUCUUUCUUGCUGUCAUAUUCAGGAUGGAAGAGUUGGAAAUAAGAAAAAGAAGCAGUCAAGCUAAAGUGUUGGGUGCCAUUGUAGCAGUAACAGGAGCAUUUGUAGCAACUCUCUAUAAGGGUCCUCCAGUGCUCAUCAACUCAUCAUCUCCUUCAAACUUUCUCCAGCAACCUUUGUUCUCACAGCAAACUAGGUGGAUUAUUGGAGGUUUUCUUAUUUUAUUGGUUUGCUUUUCAUCUGCAACAUGGAAUGUUCUUCAGACAGCCACAGUGAAGGAGUACCCAGAUAAGAUGACGAUUGUCUUCUUCUUUACAUUCUUUAUAACAAUCCAAUCUUUGGUUUUCUCUGUGAUUUUGGAAAGAAAUCCAUCUGCGUGGACUUUGAAGUCUACUGAAGAAGUGGCCGCCAUUUUAUGCACGGCGAUAUUUGGAAGUUUGUUUAGAAUAGCGAUACAUACAUGGUGCUUACAAAAGAAGGGACCAGUAUAUGUUGCCAUGUUCAAGCCCUUAGGAAUCCCUGUUUCUUCGCUCCUCACUGUCACAUUCCUCGCCGAGUCUAUUUUCCUUGGCAGAGUGAUUGGAUCAGUAAUCAUUUUAGUGGGAUUCUACACUGUGAUAUGGGGACAAUCCAAAGAAAAGAUGGUCUUAGAAAACGAAGCCUCUCGCCUGGAAUCAUCCCACCCCAAGGCCCCUCUUCUUCACGACGUUUAGUAAUUUGUAUAUACCACCAGUUAUAUAUCCUGGAUUCUACUCUUCUUUAUCUUGCUUUUUGCUGUAUCUGUCGGGGAACAUGAAUAUUAC